GAUUCUAUAAAUAGCUCUGAUCUUUUUCAUCGGUGUCUCUAGCUCGGGAAAGCCAGUCCACAUGGAACCGUCCGUCGACGACAAAGCCGAAGCCGCCGACGACGUCCAAAGUGUAAUAAGCUUCUCCUCCACCGCCGACAUCAACCGCACCACCAGCUCCGCCUCCACCCUCAACUGCACCACCAGCAACGCCUCCGAAGCCACCUCCUCCGACUCCUUCGCCUCCCAUUUACUCUCUCCCAAUUCCACCGACAAUCCAGCCAGGGACCCCUGCUGGAUAGCAAUUAGGGCACUCUCCUCCUCCCUUUCCCUCUCCGACCUCUGCGUCCUCAAACGCCUCGGCGCCGGCGACAUGGGCGCCGUCUAUCUCGUCAAACUGAAAAAGCCGGAACCGUCGGUGUCGUCGGCGCUAUUCGCCGCGAAGAUAAUCGACAGGAAGGAGAUUGAGUGCCGGAGCAAGGAAGGGCGGUUAAGGACAGAACGGGAAAUUCUGGAAAUUUUGGACCACCCCUUCGUUCCCACCCUCUACGCCACCAUUGAUUCCCCUAACUGGUCGUGCCUGUUAAUGGAAUACUGCCCCGGCGGCGACCUCCACGUCCUCCGUCAACGCCAGCACGCCAGGCGCUUCAACGAGCUCGCCGUCCGGUUCUAUGCAUCAGAAGUGGUUGCAGCUCUGGAGUAUAUUCACAUGCUGGGAAUUGUCUACCGUGAUCUGAAGCCGGAAAACGUGUUGGUCCGAUCGGACGGCCACAUAAUGCUGACGGACUUCGACCUCUCGCUGAAAUGCGACGAGUGCACCUCAACAACCGCCACCGUAGUCACCGGCGAGAUCCCGCCGGACGCGUCGCCGCAGAGCGACUUCUGCAACAACCCACCCAAACUCCCCAACUGCAUGGCUCCGGCGGUUUCCUGCUUCCGCCUCUACUGCAAGCGCAAGAAGAACCGGCGGCCGCACAGCGGCAGCCACCGCGCGGCGCCCAGAAUGGUGGCCGAGCCGGUCGACGUCCGGUCCAUGUCGUUCGUGGGGACCCACGAGUACCUGGCGCCGGAGGUGGUCUCCGGCGAAGGCCACGGCAACGCGGUGGAUUGGUGGACGCUGGGGAUAUUCAUUUUUGAGCUGUUCUACGGCGUGACGCCGUUUAAAGGAGUGGAUCACGAUCAUACUUGGACGAAUAUUGUGAUCCGGGCCCUGGAGUUCCCGAAGGAGCCCGCCGUGCCCGCCGCCGCGAAAGAUCUGAUAUCGAAGUUGCUGAUCAAAGAUCCGGCGAGUCGGUUGGGGUCUACGAUGGGAGCCACGGCGGUGAAAAACCACGGUUUCUUCCAAAGCGUGAAUUGGGCGCUGUUGAGACGUAAGUCGCCACCCUUCAUUCCCCCGCCAUUGAAUCCACAAGAUUUGUCUAAAGAAAGUUACCCAGACAUUCCAGUGGAGUUUUACUAA